AUGUUCGUAAACAGACAGAAGGCUCCCAACGGCGUACGUACUUGAAGCCGUGAACGAUAGGAAAGAUAUCGCUGGUUGUUCCCCGUUCCCUACCAUCCACCCAACCAACUUUCUUUUCUCAUCGUCAAUCCUCCACCACCCACCCGACUUGGCCGUCUCGCCGUCGUUGGCUUUCCUCGCCCUCGGCCCGACCCUAUCCCGGCCACUGUCCAUGACCCCCUGGCCCUUCCCUCCCCGGCUGACAUGAUUCCCUCCAUCACUUGUUACCCCCCACCCGUCCCGCGUCCCAGUCGCUCGGAAAGGCCAACAGACCGUAGGACGAGUGUGGUCAGCCAAUAAGGGUCACAAGUCGAUGGGGAUCGUUUGGGGUUUAUGGAACGAGUUGGUUCUCGAUGACCCUGCAUCUGGAGGAGAAGGAGGACGACGAGGGACACGAGAAAGACAAGGAGAGGAGGAGGCGAAAUGGACGAAUUCCUCUUGACGAGAUUGGCAGACACGGAGGGUGAUGUCGAGAUGGGAAUGGAGAUGAGGAUGACGAGCUCUGUCCCGUGUCGACCGGCGAGUGCGAGUACAAGUCCAGAUGAGGAUGAGGAUGAGGAUCGUCGUUCAGAUCCAAGUCGAUACCCCCUUCAACGAAUGUCGUAUCAAAAGUAGGCUAUGUCGUGGAUUGUUGUCAUGACCCCACGGCCUACUCGUCCACGACCUACUCGUCUACCUGUCCUCUCCCCCCCCUCG